UUUUGUUUUGGUUUUUUUUACCACCAGAACGAGACAGCUUUCUGCUCGGCCAUGAACGUGCGUCUGUGCCUUUGUCCACCCCUCGGGCAGCGGCGGCGGCGGUGACCACGGCCGGAACCGACUUGGGAGAGCGAGCCCCCCGAGGGUUGAUGGCUGGCAUGUCGCAGCGACCACCCACUAUGUACUGGUGUGUGGGGCCGGAGGGGUCAGCUGUGUGUCCGGGAAGCGCCAUGGAGACACAUAAUGGUGCCAGGGACAUGGGCAGCAAACUGUCCACGCCAGGCAGUGACCCCACAGCACAGUGCCCUGGGACAGAAGACAUUCACACCGCAUACAAGCGGGGAGACACCAGCAGGGCCCGGCACCUGCUCAGAGAGGCUUGUGACGAGAGCGCGUCUCAGCUGGAAAAGGGCCAGCUUCUGAGCAUCUCGGCCGCCUACGGGGACCUGGAGACCGUCCGGUACCUUCUCACCAACAGACAGGUACGGCUGUCGACAGAGCCCACCGAUGACAACCCAGCCGUGGUGGCAGCGCUCUUUGGGCACAUGGACGUCGUGCAGGAAUUACUCGAGUCUCUGCCAGGCUCCUGCAGCCCCCAGCGGCUGCUGAACUGGAUGCUGGCCCUGGCCUGCCAGCGAGGACACCUGGGGCUGGUGAAGCUCCUGGUGCUGACGCACGGGGCCGACCCCGAGAGCUACGCCGUCAGGAAGAACGAGUUCCCGGUCAUCGUGCGCCUCCCGCUCUACGCGGCCAUCAAGUCCGGGAACGAAGACGUCGCCAUAUUCCUGCUACGGCACGGAGCCUUCUUCUGCUCCUACAUCUUGCUGGACAGCCCUGACUCCAGCAAACGCCUCCUCAGGAAGUACUUCAUCGAAGCCAGUGCCUUGCCCGGCAGCUAUUCGGGAAAAAUGGCUCUCAGCGUGAAGUGGUCCCACCUCAGGCUGCCCUGGGUGGACCUCGACUGGCUCAUCGAUAUCUCCUGCCAGAUCACGGAGCUGGACCUCUCCGCCAACUGCCUGUCCUCCCUCCCGUCCGUCAUCCCCUGGGGGCUCAUCAACCUCCGGAAGCUGGACCUCUCGGACAACCACCUGGGGGAGCUGCCCAGCGUGCAGUCCUCCGAUGAGAUCAUCUGCUCCAGGCUCCUCGAGAUAGACGUUUCCAGCAACAAGCUGUCGCAUCUGCCGCCGGGCUUCCUGCACCUCUCAAAACUGCAAAAACUGACGGCGUCAAAAAAUUAUUUAGAAAAACUGUUUGAAGAAGAAAGCACCACCGCUAACUGGAUUGGCUUGCGGAAGCUGCAGGAGCUGGAUCUAUCUGACAAUAAGCUGACGGAGCUCCCCGCAGUUUUCCUUCACUCCUUCAAGUCUCUCAGUUGUCUCAACGUCUCCAGGAAUAACCUGAAGGUGUUCCCUGACGCCUGGGCCUGCCCUCUGAGCUUAGAACACUGUAUUCAAGAACCCAAAAAUGCGUUGGAAUGUCUACCAGACAAAAUGGCCGUGUUCUGGAAAAACCACCUCAAGGACGUGGAUUUCUCAGAAAACGCCCUCCGAGAAGUCCCCCUGGGGCUUUUCCAGCUCGACGCCCUCACGUUCCUGAGGUUACAGGGAAACCAGCUGGUGACACUGCCACCUCCGGAGAAAUGGACCUGCAAACAACUCAAAACCCUGGAUCUCUCCAGAAACCAGUUUGGCAAAAACGAAGACGGACUUAAAACAAAGCGCAUCUCCUUCUUCACCACCAGGGGCCGCCCGCGCUCCGGCACCGAGACAGCGUGUGUCCUGGAAUUCCCGGCCUUCCUCAGCGAGUCUUUAGAAGUCCUCUGUCUGAACGACAACCACCUGGACGCAGUGCCCUCCUCGGUUUGCCUCCUGAAGAACCUGUCCGAGCUCUACCUGGGAAACAACCCUAGCCUCCGAGAGCUCCCGCCUGAGCUGGGGCAGCUGGGCAACCUCUGGCAGUUGGACAUUGAAGACCUGAGCAUCAGCAACGUGCCCGCCGAGAUCAGAAAAGAAGGCCCCCGGGCGGUGCUGUCCUACCUGCGAGCUCAGCUGCGGAGGGCGGAGAAAUGCAAGCUGAUGAAGAUGAUUGUCGUGGGGCCCCCGCGCCAGGGCAAGUCCAGCCUCCUGGAGAUCUUACAGACGGGGCGGGCGCCCCAGCUGGUGCACGGCGACGCCACCAUCAAGACCACCAAGUGGGAGCUCCAGAGGCCAGCCGGCUCGAAAGCCAAGGUCGAGUCCGUGGAAUUCAACGUGUGGGACAUCGGCGGCCCGGCCAGCAUGGCCACUGUCAACCAGUGCUUCUUCACCGACAAAGCCCUGUACGUGGUCGUCUGGAACCUGGCGCUGGGCGAGGAGGCCGUGGCCAACCUGCAGUUCUGGCUGCUCAGCAUCGAGGCCAAGGCCCCGAACGCCGUGGUGCUGGUGGUCGGCACCCACCUGGACCUCAUCGAAGCCAAGUUCCGCGUGGAGAGGAUCGCGACGCUUCGGGCCUACGUGCUGGCGCUGUGCCGCGCGCCCUCCGGGCCCCGGGCCACCGGCUUCCCCGACAUCACUUCCAAACACUUACACGAGAUUUCCUGCAAGAGCCUGGAAGGCCGGGAGGGGCUGCGUCAGCUGAUUUUCCACGUCACGUGCAGCAUGAAGGAUGUGGGCAGCACCAUCGGCUGCCAGCGGCUGGCGGGGAGGCUGGUGAGUACCUGGCUCAUCCCGCCGGAGCCCGGGAGGGGGCCUGCUGCCCUCUGUGGGGACCCCGCCCCUCCCCCUGUCUCUGCGUCCCCAGGCUCUGUCACGCAGCAGACGGAGGAGCAGUACUUCCAGUUCUUGGCCAAGUUCGAGAUCGCCCUGCCCGUGGCCAACAACAGCUACCUCCUGCCACACCUCCUUCCGUCCAAACCCGGCCUGGACACCCACGGCCUGCGGCACCCCACGGCCAACACCAUUCAGAGGGUGUUUAAGAUGAGCUUCGUUCCCAUCGGCUUCUGGCAAAGGUUUAUAGCGCGGAUGCUGAUCAGUUUGGCGGAGAUGGACCUGCAGCUCUUCGAAACCAGGAAGAACACGAGGAGCAGGCACAGGAAAGUCGCCAUUUACAGCUUCGCGGGGAACCAGAGGAACCGCUGCAGCACGUUCCGCGUGCGGCGGAACCAGACCAUCUACUGGCAGGAGGGUCUCCUGGUCACCUUCGACGGCGGCUACCUCAGCGUGGAAUCCUCGGACGUGAACUGGAAGAAGAAAAAAAGCGGAGGCAUAAAAAUCAUCUGCCAGUCGGAGGUGAGGGACUUCUCGGCGAUGGCUUUCAUCACGGACCACGUCAACUCCCUGAUCGACCAGUGGUUUCCUGCCUUGACGGCCACGGAGAGCGACGGGACCCCACUCAUGGAGCAGUACGUGCCCUGCCCGGUCUGCGAGGCCUCCUGGGCCCAGCACGCCGACGCCGGCGACAGGGCGGAGGGCGUGCAGUACUUCGACAUGGAAGACUGCGUGCUGACGGCCAUCGAGUGCGACUUCAUCUCCUGCCCCAGGCACCCCGACCUCCCCGUGCCUCUCCAGGAGCUGGUCCCCGAGCUGUUCAUGACCGACUUCCCAGCCAGGCUCUUCCUGGAAAACAGUAAGCUGGAGCACAGUGAGGACCAGAGCAGCAUCCUGGGCCAGGGCGGGAGCGGCACCGUCAUCUACCGGGCCCGGUACCAGGGCCAGCCCGUGGCCGUGAAGCGAUUCCAGAUCAAGAAGUUUAAGAACUUCGCUAACGCCCCGGCAGACACCAUGCUGAGGCACCUGCGGGCCACCGACGCCAUGAAGAACUUCUCGGAGUUCCGGCAGGAGGCCAGCAUGCUGCACGCUCUGCAGCACCCCUGCAUCGUGUCCCUCAUCGGCAUCAGCAUCCACCCGCUCUGCUUCGCCCUGGAGCUCGCGCCGCUGGGCAGCCUCAACACCGUGCUGUCCGAAAACGCCAAAGAUUCUUCCUUUAUGCCGCUGGGGCACAUGCUCACCCAGAAGAUCGCCUACCAGAUCGCCUCCGGCCUGGCCUACCUGCACAAGAAAAGCAUUAUCUUCUGCGACCUGAAGUCAGAUAACAUUCUGGUCUGGUCCCUCGACCCCAAGGAGCACGUCAACAUCAAGCUGUCGGACUACGGGAUCUCGAGGCAGUCAUUUCACGAGGGCGCCCUGGGCGUGGAGGGCACGCCUGGCUACCAGGCCCCAGAGAUCCGGCCCCGCAUCGUGUACGAUGAGAAGGUGGACAUGUUCUCCUACGGGAUGGUGCUCUACGAGCUGCUGUCCGGACAGCGGCCGGCGCUGGGCCACCACCAGCUUCAGAUCGCCAAGAAGCUGUCCAAGGGCGUCCGCCCGGCGCUGGGCCCGCCGGAGGAGGUGCAGUUCCAUCGGCUGCAGGCGCUCAUGGUGGAGUGCUGGGACACGCAGCCCGAGAAGAGACCGCUGGCCCUGUCGGUGGUGAGCCAGAUGCAAGACCCGACCUUCGCGACCUUCAUGUACCUGCUGCCCUGUGGGAAGCAGACGGCCUUCUUCUCGCCCCAAGGCCAAGACUACACGGUGGUCUUCUGGGACGGGAAAGAGGGGUCCAGAAACUACACGGUGGCGAACACGGAGAAGGGCCUCCUGGAGGUGCAGAGGAUGAGCUGCGCGGGCAUGAAGCUGAGCUGCCAGCUCAAGGUCCACAGCUGUCUGUGGACGGCCACCGAGGACCAGAAGAUCUACAUCUACAGCCUCAAGGGCAUGUGCCCCUUGAACACGCCCCAGCGGGCUCUGGACACCCCGGCCGUCGUCACCUGCUUCUUGGCGGUGCCUGUUUUAAAAAAGAAUUCCUACCUGGUGCUGGCGGGCCUGGCGGACGGGCUGGUGGCCGUGUUCUCCGUGGUGCGGGGCACCCCCGACGACAGCUGCUCCUACCUGUGCUCGCACACGGCCAACAGGUCCAAGUUCGGCAUCGCCGACGACGACGUGCGGCAGAACCCGUACCCGGUGAAGGCCAUGGAGGUGGUCAACAGCGGCUCCGAGGUCUGGUGCAGCAACGGGCCGGGCCUGCUGGUCGUGGACUGCGCGGCCCUGGAGAUCCGCAGGCGGCUGGAGCCCUUCUGCGCGCCCUCGCUGGUCACGUCCAUCGUGUGCAGCUCCGAGUGCAGGGGCGAGGAGGUGGUCUGGUGCCUGGACGACAGGGCCAACUCCCUGGUCAUGUACCAUUCGGCCACCUACCAGCUGUGCGCCCGCUACUUCUGCGGGGACCCCAACCCCCUCAGGGAUGUGUUUCCCGUGGGCCCGGCGGGCCUGGAGCCCCUGGACGGCCACGUGGCCAGCCCGGCCGGGCCGGGCGGGGACUGCAUCGCGGACGUCACCAUCAUCUACAGCGAGGACCUGGGCACGCAGAUCCUGACGCACCAGGACUCCGUGACCGACUACUGCUCCUUGUCCUCCGGCAUAUUAGAAAGCCGCCGCCCACAGGCUGGACCCCCGGACCACCGAGGAGAAGCGGCAGCAGAGCACGUGGGUGGGUGGGGCCAGGCUGAGAUGCACAGAUGCCCCCCUUGCCCCCCUUCAGCAGGCUCUGUCCCCCUGGGAAGGCGCAGGCCAAGGGUCCCGGCCCCGGCCAGGUGGGGGGCCCCUGCCCGUUAUCUCAGACACCCGCCGUCUCUCUGCAGGGUACUCAUGGACGCAGCUGUGGUGGCCAAGGACACGGUUGUCUGUGGCUUUGAGAAUGAAAACAUGGAGUGGUGCCUGGCUGUCUGGAGGGGCUGGGGCACCAAGGAGUUUGACGUUUUCUACCAGUCCUACGAGGAGCUGGGCCGGCUGGAGGCUUGCACGCGCAAGAAAAGGUAGCUCUGUGCAAUGACCGUCACUUGGGCCUGGCCGGCCGGGGCCAGUGGCCGGACCCCUCCCCCUGCAGCCUGCAGCCCUCCGAGGACCCAGAAGUUGGACUGGAUUCUCCCAUGAACCACGUGCUGCUAGGAAGUGCUGGCAGUGGUUUGGGGGUUCUCCGGUUACCUGGAUACCCCCACUCCACUGCUGGUUUUACAGCCCAAGGGAAGAUGGUGGGGCUGACUGACGAGACACUCCUCCUGCCUCCUUCAUCCACUUCCAGGGGCAGAGGAGGGGGCUGGGCCCGCCCACCUCCUCCCCGGGUCUGGGAUGGAAUUACACUAGAGGCUCUCAGUUGGGAAGCCCUUUGGGACGGAGCCGGAGGAGGCCGGCAGCUCAUACCCCUUCCCCGGGUGGCCCCCAAGUUCUCAGCGCAGUUCACAAGCUCCUGAGCUCCCGGGGCCCUGCUCGGGGAAGCCGAGAUCGUAUGUCUCCAGCUCGGGAGAGUCUGUGUGUGAGAAACGCCCAGAAGGGCCCUGGGCGAGGAGCGUGGCCGGUCUGGGGAAUGAAUGGGCCCCUUUAAGCCACGUAGCCGGGAGCCGGGAGCAGCCGGGGCCGAGAGCCCUGACUCAGCCUUUACGUUCUCCUUCCGCCGACGAAAGGAAGGAGACACCCGACCAGCGGGACUUAGAAAAGGGUCUGGUGUUUAUAGCUUUGUAAAAUAAACUCGGACGCAGCCGAGCACGAGCCGUUUGUCUGCGCGUAAUAAUCGUCUGUCCCUUUAAGGAGUCCAGCAACAUGUCAGCGGUCAGGCCUCUGGCUGCGAAAUCACACCCUGCGCGGCUCACACCAGAUGACGCGCACACACGUGUGCAGCAGAGAAGAAGUGACACUGUUAACUGGGGACUCACAGGAGCCGCGGCAAGGACGUCUCCGAACUGUGCCCGCGCGGUCACCGAGAGUCGCCGUCGGAGGCGGCCUGACCCGGAACGGAAGGAGGCCUGAGAUCACGCUCCAGUGCACGUUCUUCUCAAAUUAAAUGACAGAAAUCAGACCCCGGGUUUGCCGGGGCGUGCAGGCGGAUGCGACUCCUUUUAUCCGAAAAUAAACAGGCGCUCCGGAUGAAGUCCCAGCCCCCGUCCGCCGAGCACUGGAAUAAAGCGCAGGCUCUGUGCCCCCGGCCCCAUCCACUGGCCGGCGUGGCCGGGCGACCCCAGCGAGCUGCCCCAUGGCAGGUUCCGUGGGCACAGGUGGCUGCUGUCACCCUCCUGUUUCCCUUUACCGGCCCGGGCAUCAACCCCGGGGCGGCCGAGGGUCAGUGCCCCCCGCCCACAUCGCCGGGCCCUCAGCGGGGCUUUGGUGAUCAUCCCAGCACCCACAGCUCCCAGUCAACUCCAGAUGCAAACAGGAUCCCGUCCCCCCUGCCCCCCGCCCCGGCCCAGACCUGCUGUCCACGUCACCUGCCAGCUGAGUGCUAGGGCAGCAGUGCAGAACGACUCAGGACAAGGACGUCGAUGCAGCGUCACUUACGAUGACCCCCAGCCAGAGACGACCUCCGCAUCCACCGGUGGGGAGCCCCGUGUGCAGCGACACCACACUCAGUGGCCUUUCGGGGACGGGGCAGGUCCGCAGUGCCCUCCAAGGUGUUCUAAAAGCGACCUCAGUGCGGGGCGGACAGCUCCUAUCUGCGUAAAAAGACGCCGUAAAGCUCGCGAGGAGCUUUAUGUGCACAGCAGAAACAUCCCCAGGGGGCCUGAGGGUCCCCCGGCGAGGGGGCCUGAGGGCCGCAUGCGGGGCCGGGCCCUUCACUGCGUACCUCCUCUGCUCGCACUGUAAACAGGCCUCUCUAUGAGGCUGAGCCAGGCCACGGGGGACUUCUCCCCUGAACCCCAGGAAGCACGUGCCUUGGCCUACGGUAUCCAGUACAGUGGCUGCACAGGCUUGUACCCCAGGAGUGGCGGGCUGUGCCAUGCGGCCCAGGCGUGUGGCGUGUGACAGGCUGCACCAUCCAGGUGUGUGUGAGCGUGUGCCCUGUGAUGCCCGCACACGACGAAAUCGCCUAAUGACACGUUUCUCAGAAGGUCAUUGGCAUGGCUGCGGUUAUGCUCCCUGGGGCAACCCAGCCACAAAGCGGUCCAGAGUGGCAUCCUCGUCACCCAAAGGCCAGCUUUGAUGUCCUGCCGGUUUGAACCCUCGACCCUGAGCUAGCGACGCCCCCUCUAUGGCCCUGGGUAGUAAAAUGGCAGUGAUGGUCCUUACUCCGUCAGCGUCAGUGCAGGACCAAGAGCUGGGGCCACGACUCCCUCGCCGCCCUCCCCAGUCACCCCCAUUCUCACCCCUGCCCAGGGGAGGCACGAGUCCCGUCUGAGAACCACUCGGGAGACACACGUGACCCCAACUUCAAAAAUAAACUCCUGUUUUUCCUGAAA